GGGACAGGCAAAUCUAACUCCCUCCUACCGCCCUCAUCUCCUCUCCCGCUUCGCCUUGCUCCCCCUUCUCACCCAUCUCCAACCACCAAAAAAGAUCCAAUUUUGAUCCCAAAAUCGGGAUAUUUUAGGCUGCAACAAAGAGAUCCGCGUCUCUCUCCUUCGAUCUCCACUGCCCUCCUCUCCCCGUAAAACCCUAAUCGCCAAAGUUUGUACCGGUUUUCCGAUUUUUCGAUUUUUUUGGGGGGAUGGGGAAAUUGUGAGCGAGAUCGAGAGAUUUGGCACAAAAAUGCUUUCGAAGUCGCCGUUUAUUCUCUCAUUUCUUCUUCUGUUAACGCUUCCCCUUCUCUUCGUUCUUGUUCCCCGGAUUCUGCCCCCGAAGACGCUCCCGAGCAUCCCGGAUCCCGACGAGAUCGACGAUCUCGCCCUCUUCCGCCGCGCCACCCUCGCCUCCGCCGGCGGCGGAAGCGGCGGCCCGGACGCCGGGCUCCGCCGCCGCCCGGCGUCGCCUCCCAAGAUCGCGUUUCUCUUCCUCACCAACUCCGACUUCUCCUUCGCCCCCUUGUGGGAGAAGUUCUUCGAAGGGCACGGCCGGCUGAUGAACGUCUACGUCCACGCCGACCCCGCCGCCCACCUCCACCUCCCGGCGACGCCAUCGUUCCGCGGGCGGUUCAUCCCGGCCAAGGCCACCCAGCGCGCCUCCGCGACCCUCAUCUCCGCCGCCCGCCGCCUCCUCGCGGCGGCCCUCCUCGACGACCCGGCCAACGCCUUCUUCGCCGUCGUCUCCCAGCACUGCAUCCCCCUCCACUCCUUCCGCUUCGUCUACCACGCCCUCCUCGCCGAUGCCGGCGCGCCCCCUUCCUCCACCUCCGGCGGCCGUCUCCGCCGCCGCCACCGCAGCUUCAUCGAGAUCCUCUCCGGCGAUCCCAUGCUCCGGGACCGAUACAACGCCCGCGGCGAGAACGUCAUGCUGCCGGAGGUGCCCUUCGAGCGCUUCCGCGUUGGCUCCCAGUUCUUCAUUCUGGCGAGGCGCCACGCCGUGCUUGUCGUCCGGGACCGCCGCCUCUGGAAGAAGUUCCGGAUGCCCUGCCUCAAAUCCAUGGAGGAUUCUUGCUACCCGGAGGAGCAUUACUUCCCCACCCUUCUUGAUAUGCAAGACCCCGAUGGCUGCACUCACUACACCCUCACUCGUGUCAAUUGGACCGGCAGCGUCGGCGGCCACCCGCACACCUAUCACCCGCCGGAGAUCUCCGGCGAUCUCAUCAGGGUGCUGAGGAAGUCCAAUUCCACCUAUUCUUACCUCUUUGCCCGCAAGUUCUCGUCCGACUGCCUCGAUCCCCUGCUCGAGAUCGCCGACACCGUCAUCUUCCGAGAUUAGUAUCCAUUACCCCCUUUGGUUGUCCAGUUUUGCCGGGUGAUUGAUGCUGACACGAAUGAAUGAGGUUUUGUUGAGAAAUUGAGGCACUGGCUAAAGCUGCCCCAUCUCUUCUUGAGUCUCAGCUUUUUUUUCUUCUUGUUCUCCCCAUCCAGACCUGGCCAGAUGGUGCUCACUGGAGAGUUAGGAGAAUUAAGUGAGGGUAGUGAGAAAAGGACAGAAACCAUGCUUAGGCAUUAGCAUCCCCAUCGCCAUGUAAUAUACAAAUGCAAUCUAUCAAUGCAUAUGGUGACUUUUAUAGUUAUGACUGAAGUUCUUUUCAAUGUUCCCCCCACACCUUCUGUGACCUAAGUUAAUGUAUAUAUAAUGUUUGAAAUCAUGCAAGGCAAAGUUUCUCUUCCCUCUUUAUA